AUGCUGUACGUACUCAAUCCGUACAAGGGGCUAUGCUUUAGCCCAGAAGCUCAUAAAGAACAACAACCCGUGCAUUCUGAUGGACUUGAUCAAUUCGACUGGUCAAGUGUUCUACCUGAAAUCGAGAUCGAGAUCUCACCUUCGCCGCCAGAUGAGGGAACCGGCCAACCAAGGAAGAAAGGGAAGGAAGCUCGAAAGGAAAGAAAGGAAGCCAAAAUACAGAGGAAAGCCUUGCACAUAGCUCACGUUGCGCAUGAUAAAUUGGCACGUGCGGGGCUCACGUCGUCUUCGUCUUCAGACAUGGAGGAUUUCAACCCGUACCUUGCAAAGAAGCGCAUAACUGAUCUAUACUCACAAAUAACAAGGACCACCAAAGGAGAAGAAGACACAAUGUUAUUCCAAUUUGGUCUGGUGGAUCUAUACAAGUCGGACGUCAGUUAUCUCAUGCCCGGGCAGUGGCUCAACGAUAACAACAUCUCGUUAGUGUAUGAGAUGAUCAUCAAAUAUUUCUUAAAGGGUGAAGAUUUUGGAUUCCACAUCCACCUUAUUUUUCCAGCACUCACCCAGCUUUUCUUGCAUUUCCCUGUAGAGGAGGAUCUUCAGGGAAUCCUCCCCAUGAAGGAUUUGGCUAAGCUGAAGAUGGUGUUUUUUCCAUUCAACUUCAUAGACACGGACGACUACGUGGAUUUAGAGGAUGUUAACAACGGCGACCAUUGGGCCCUUUGUGUACUUAGUAUUCCAGCAAGAAAACUCUUCGUGUACGACUCUAUGGGAUUCGACGGCGAGAAUGAUGAUAAGCUUCUCCGCAAAUUGGCAUCCAGAUUACAAAAGGCGCUCUUCAAGCCAAACGAGAAGAUCACCAUUGUCAACAAGCAGUGCGACCAGCAAGAAAAUUUCGAUGACUGUGGCGUCUUCUUGAUCAUGUUCUCAUGCUACCUAAUUUCACAGCUCAUGUCUGGCGAACCAACCGACCUUGAUCUCGCUGAUGUGAAAUUUAACCCGAUGCUGGCGCGCUUGAAAAUAACGGAAAUAAUCCACAAGCUUUCACUUGAAGCACAAAAAAAAAAAGGUGACGGAUUGUGCUUAGAAUCAUUCACUUCAUGCAAAAUAUUUCUGAAUCAUAAGUGUCUUCAUGUGUGCAGCAGCAGCCUCGGUAUUAGCAGCGUGGUCAAGGUCCUCGAGUUUGUCCUGCAAAUCCAUCUCCCGUGUUUUAUCAUCAAGCGGAAGAUUAUAGAAGGCAUCCUCGCCUUGAUGGAAGAAAAUGUGGGCCUCACCCAAACCAAGUACUGA